AUGGAUACGUCCAUAAGAACAGGAGAAUCUAGCGAUUUGCAAAGCGCUCUGGACUCAGUGCAAAGUUGGGCUGUGGAGGAACUGAAUGCCAAAAAGACAAAAGAAAUGUGGAUUAACUUCACCGAAGCACCGCCCUCUCUACCACUGCAUAUAGGAGAUGCUAUCAUAGAAAGGUCAGAAAGAGACGAUAAUUUCAAAAUCUUGGGAACCUGGUUUCAAAAGGAUCUGAAAUGGAAUAAACAUGUCGAGGAGACCACUCGCAAAGCAGCUAAAAACCUGUACUGCCUAAGAGAAUGUAGAAGAGCGAACCUACCAGUCGAAGGUGGUCUUACCACUUAUUUACCUAAAAUCAGGCCUAUCCUUGAAUAUUGUUCUCCAGUGCCGGGGUGGUCUGCCACGAUAUCUAAAGGACGAAUUGGAACGUGUGCAAAGGAGGAGUCUACGAAUUAUUGGCCUCCCGCAUAG